GGGUGCGUAAAGCGUCGGAACAGUGACGAUCGGUGGUCGACCGGCAGUCCUUUACGCGUUUGAGAUUGCGAAUACCGAUGAUCAGACGUUUAACCUCUAGUUAUGAGCCGGCGCCGCUUCUUCUUACUGCUUGUGUUCGCACUUGGCCUCUGCCUUGGACUUUUCCUCUAUGCGAAUCUUAGUAGCUUUAGCUCUCUUGCGGCAUACGCUCUUACUCAAGGUGGUCUUCCACCUAAGACAAUCCUCUACUGGAACAGUUUCUUCGGUGAGGAGGAUUUCUAUCUCGGCGAUGGACAACUCGCACGUGAUUGUCCACGAUUCAACAAUUGCUUUGCAGUUCAUAGUCGACUAUUGCAUGGUGUCCACGACUUCGAUGCAGUUGUUUUCCAUGGAAUUAGCGGACAACUAGACUACGCGGACCUACCACUUCGGCGCCGACCUGAGCAGAGGUAUGUUUUUGUGGCGCUCGAAAGUCCAGCCAAUCGUUUCAUUACCGAACUCUUCGAUGACUAUUUUAACCUUACGAUGACCUACCAGCUAGACAGUGACAUUGUCUGGAGUUAUGCGGACUUAAAGGAUCGAAUUGACGAAACAAUUGUGCGACCGGUCCGCAGUGGUAAUUACAAGUGGAGAGAAGCUGCUUCAGAGAAGGAAAACCCCGAAGAUGCGAAACUCCUCGAACUCAUUCGAGCCAAGAGAAAGAUUGCAGUUUGGUAUCGAAGUCACUGCACGACACGUAGCGCUCGGGAAAGCUAUGUAGCUGAGCUCGAGAAGCAUAUGUACCUCGACAAAUAUGGUGGUUGCUCGCUUAACCCAGGGUGUCCUAAAGAAGGUAACUGCUUCGAGGCCGAGGUCGAACCCAAUUACUUCUUCUAUUUAUCCUUUGAGAAUUCGCUCUGCUCCGACUACGUCACUGAGAAAUUCUUCAAUGCCCUCAGGUAUAAUGUUGUUCCUGUUGUAUACGGCGGAGCAUAUUAUAGUGAUUUCGCACCGCCAAAAUCGUACAUUAAUGCUUUGGACUUUGAUACUCCAAAAGAUUUAGCCAAAUACUUAAUUCAACUAUCUCAUAACCUGACUGAGUACAAAACAUAUUUUGAUUGGAAGAAGCAGUAUCGCGUUGUUCAACCAAAGCAACGUAUUAUCUGUGAUUUAUGUGAAAUACUGAAUGGGUCUUACAAAGCGACCUAUAAAAUAUCAAAAUGGUAUAGUAUUGAUAGAUGUCCACUUCAGCGUAAAUUAGAUAAGCAAAAAAGAAAUGGAGAUUUGAAUUAUGCUACGAAAAGAACAUUCUUAGUUCGAUAAUAUAUACUAAUAUUAAGAAUUUAUAUUUAUUCUUUAUAAUUAAU